GAUUCCUUUAUGAGGUGCAACCAAAACAGCUGUUAGAAAUAGCAACAGGGAUAUUCUGGCAGGCUGUCGAGAAUUAGUUCUUGAAUACUGUUGUGGUUUUGAUCACUAAUAUGGCUGUGACUUUUGGAUUCUCUUUGAGUGUUUCUUGGAUGUGUUACCUGCUAAUUGGAGGGAUAACUUGUUUUACACUUAAAGGUAACGCUCAUGGGCAUCCUGCCUACACUGGACCUGAACCAACUGGAUCCUAUGCCCAAGCAAGUGUGGUGUCUGGUCCAAAUGCUAAAGCUACUGGCCACAAUGCCACGUCAGCAGAAGCUACUGGCCACAAUGCCACGUCAGCAGAAGCUACUGGCCACAAUGCCACGUCAGCAGAAGCUACUGGCCACAAUGCCACGUCAAGUGUGAAGUCCGGCCCCGGCGCCUCAGCAGAAGCGACAGGCCCCGGCGCCUCAGCAGAAGCGUCAGGCCCCGGCGCCUCAGCAGAAGCGACAGGCCCCGGCGCCUCAGCAGAAGCGACAGGCCCCGGCGCCUCAGCAGAAGCGACAGGCCCCGGCGCCUCAGCAGAAGCGACAGGCCCCGGGGCCUCAGCAGAAGCGACAGGCCCCGGGGCCUCAGCAGAAGCGACAGGCCUUGAACAGAUGGCCCGACCACUCAACUAGGGAGACCAUAAUUUGGUUUGGCCAACUCCUUGUCUUAGCCCUGUUACUGUGCCUCUUGAAGAAAAGGGUAAAGGUAACUGAGGUGGGGAAAUGUACCAACUAAUGUGCUUGUUUGAAAUGAGGAUCUCCUUCACUUGUACAUUGUCAUGCAAAUUGUUUACAGGGGUGGACGAUACAAUGUUAUGAAUUGUUUUUAACCAUACGACUAAAAUUGACUUCUGAUGUAGUGAUAUUGCUGACACACUUUUAGGUUCUACGGUUAUGCUUUUGAUUUAGCCUGGUGUUCUUGCUACUACUCUUGCAUGGGUUACUCAAUAAACCAUUUGACUUUCAAAAAACCUUGUCCUUAAAAU